CGGAAGUAAACCAUGUCAACGACCAAGAAACAUUUCCACUUUAGCGUUUUUAAUUUGGUUAUUUAGACGUUUUUCAACACAAAUGAACUCAGGAUAUAGACCAUUUAACAGCAGAGCACCACAUUCUUACCCUAUGUAGUCUUUAAGUCGCGUUGUAGACAGGACUUUAUUGAUAGAUGUUAUCUAGGUAACGCUAGCUGCUAACAAUGGCUAACUGUAUGGUUUUUCACACUCAAAUAGCCUCCAUCAUGGAGGUGCUUGCGAAUGCAGCCGUUGCAGAUAUUUGUAAACUCGUAGACGACGACUAUGCAGUGUUUCAUUUGGUAAUUUCUCAAAGCCAGAAUGAUAACAGGGCAUUGCGGAGGAAACUACAGCUACUGGAACUGAAGAUGGCACGGGAGCGCGCAGAGAGGACAAUGCGAGAGCGCGUCCUCGCCAGUCGUCCCAGUAGUGUCAAGAUCCUUGACCGAUACAGAGGAAUGGCAAGAGGUGAAGGAAAUCUCAAUGGGGGCCACAAGAGCUUUGUGAAGCCAGCGGGACAUAAUGCAUGGAGUGAUGACCAACCAAUCACUGUUGAUGAGGGGAGUGGAACCUCAACCCAGCAUGUUAUCGUGAUAGAGGAUGCAGAGGCUGCAGGUCCUGGGGUCAAACUGGAGAGGUCUGAAGGAGAGGAGGACACACGGCACAGCAGUGACAUCCAGACUGGACAGGCUGGAGUGCCCCCUGAAGCCACGGAGGACCAUACCACCGCCUCAGCGCAGCCCAGGACCCGAAGCAGCAUCAUGGAGGAGGAGGAGGAGGUGCUACUGGUGAAGGAGGAGGGGUGUGAGGAGAACCCUAAGGGGACCAUGGUCAUGGAGGACAACCAGACUACACCUCCUCCUGAACCCACAGAGGAACCAGCUGAGCAGCACAGGACCACACACAGUCUCACUGAGUCAGUAGACAUGGAGGAUGGGAAGCCUGAUCUGUUGCUAGUCAAAGAGGAGACAAUAGAAGACGGACCAGAGAGCAUUGAUCUGCUGAGUGGACUAAAGAUGGGGGAGCAAGGUUGUUGGCUGGAGGCUAACAGAGGAGACUGGGCGGCCAUAUUGGAUUCCCAGACCCAGAUGGGUGCAGCCAAGGCCUCGGGGGACGACACCAGAGGCAACAUAUUGGAGUGUGCAGUCCAUGAGGACCUGAUGAAAUCUGGUGUUACUGGCGGGAGAGACUGGACCUCUGAAGCAGCUGGUCACAAACCCUGGCCCCGGAUCAGAACCCUGGAUCAGGAGCCGUCACUCUUCCUUCCCGAGUCAGAACCAGAACCGAACCACGUGGGACAGAGACUCCAGCACCACGCAGAACACAACCAGUGGACAGGUGGACUGAACAACCUCAGUCCUGGUGGUCAUCAGAGAGACAGAGGCUCCAGUCAGGGAUCCAGUCCACAGCCCAAACCCUUCUCUUCACAGUCUCAGUGCAGUGAUGAAGCAGGACCUGGGGCUGAUCGAGAUAGACCCUCCUGUUCCUAUGAUACAAACACCACAGUAUCCAUGAUGAACAGAGCAGGUCACCCUGCACUUCAGCCUUCACAGAGAGUGGUGGGAGACUCUCAUGGUGGUAGUCUAUCAGGAAGUCUGUCUUCUCCUUCAGGGUCUUGUCUAAUGACUAGUGACUGGAUUCAUAGAAAGCCUGGACCUGGGUCUAGCCUUCCUCAGUUACCUCAUGGUUACCCCACCAAUACAGACAGGGCCAGGAUGGGUGGUCACCACGAGAGGUACCUAGCCUAUAACACAGCACACAAUCCCAACAACAUCCAAACAAUGGCUAGAGGUCAAGGAGGGAGCUCAAAGACUAACCACCUGACGGUGGUGGCACCUGCUUCUACCUCUUCUGGUGUCAUUGGGUCACAACGUGGGAGGCCGAGCAUUAGGACGGACGCUGAAAAGCCGUAUGCCUGCCCCACGUGUGGGAAGCGCUUCGCUAAGACAAAAUAUAUCAAGCAGCACCAGACCGUUCACACCAAGGAGAGGCCCUUCAAGUGCAAACUAUGUUACAAGAGCUUCUCCUUCCAGAGUAACCUUAUCAAACAUAGGAGUGUCCACAAUGGGGAGAAAUCGUAGCACUGUGGCUUGAGAUGUACACAGGGGAUAUCUGGGAACCAUUCUUUAGCUGACAUAUAGUCAUCUUGUGAAGUGUCUCAGAGAGAGGGUUUUUUGGAAUACUAAGUCCCUCAGUUGAACAACUGGGUACGCUCACAUUCUCACAUGAUACAGACUUGUUGUUUGUUGUGCUGGCACAGUAAAUCCAUUUUGAAUUCACUCACUUUUUGAAAUCAUCCGUUAUGAUUUAAACAAAACUUUCCAUACAUGUUUGCUCAUGGAAGAAGUUGUCAGAAAGUGACGCGUGAACUCCAAUGUUGCAGCUUGGACCCUAUUUCACAUUAUCUGAAGUUUGUGUUGUGCCCCGCCAUCAGACACAACAUGCUCUUGAAUACAGAGUGGGUGUCAUUUCAAUCAUAGUAAUAUGACUCAUAGAACGGACCUAUUCCUUCAGACCACUGCAAUUGACAUUUUUAUUGAAUUGACAUUUUUACUUCUAAUUACUACCACAACAAUGACUUUCGGUCCACUCACAGUUUAAUGUCAAUUUAAAGGGUUGUAAGUCGCUCUGGAUAAGAGCGUCUGCUAAAUGACUUAAAUGUAAAUGUAAUGUAAUGUCUAUUAUAUUAUCUUUAUUUCAAUAGGUUUCCUAUGGAGGAUUGGCAGUAUAAUUUGAAACAACAGAUAUUAACAUAUAAGUCAACAUUCUCGGAUGUGUGGACCUCCAACCAUCUUUGUGGUACCAUUUUAAAGUUGAUAUUUUUGUACAUUUAUCAUCCAUGUAAGGGGUGCCAUCAAAAAGUGGUUGAAUUCAAAUGGAUUUACCCAUAGCCAAAACACUGUCAUUAAAGUGUAACACUAGAUUUCCCUUCUGAAUUUGGUUUUGGCUAUGUUCUAUUCAUAACAAAUAUAAUGUCCCUCUUGUUAUAACACCCCCUUCCCCCAACAUUAUUUGGCAAUCAGGUGAUUGAUAGCUGUUCCUUUAUGUAGAAAAAAAAAGAUCAAAUCUGUUAAUAAAUGAGAAAUCAUUUUGUGAGUGGGUUACACCGGUGAAAAAUAAAGGAAAUGAGAAGUAAAGUUGUAGUGG